CCUACUUUCUGGAGAUAGGUUGGGUAUUAUGUAUAAUCUAUGGUUUGGGCAGAUUUACAAUUUUUGAAACGGUCACCCUGGUUGUUUGUUAGGUUAUGUUGAUUUGACUGGCGUGUUUGUUGUGAAGAGAUUAUUUAGUAUUUAAACGUUGAUUGGAAAAUAAUGGAUUGGAAACUGGAUUACGGUGAACUUACAAAAGACAAAGACUUUGUAGAUAACUGCGAGAAUCUCAAGGAAAAUUUAAUCGAAAUACAGAAAGUAUUGGAUCAGCUGUUACCAUUGAAAGAACAGUAUGAUAAACUAACUCUUCCAGCACAGAUUGAACUCGAUCUAUUUUUAGCAUUUACUUUAAAUUCCCUUAAUUGGAUUCAUUUACGUAUUCAAGGUAUAGAUCCUACAAAACACCCUAUCAAAGAUGAGCUACAAAGAGUUAAAGCUGUGAUGUUAAAAUGGCAGGAAGUAAAAGAUAAAGAAAAGCGACCUACUGUAGACAUCGAAGCCGCAAAGAGAUUCGUCAGGAGUGGAUUAUAUGAUCCAUACAAAUCAGUCGCAAAACCUCAAAAUAAGAAAAUCAAGUUUAAAGACGCUGAGGAUGUUUGACUCUUUUACUUUUGUAAAUAGCAAGUAAGCUCCGAUUGAAGACUGAAUGUUUGUAGUCUACUCAUAAAUUUGAUUGUGUUUAUUAUAAACAUAAAUGGAAAUAUUUCUCAUUGUAGCAUUAAACAUACUGUCUUGUUGAUUGUUAUAUAAUUUUAAGAUAUAUAUGUAUAAAAUUGAGUUUUCGUUAGUUUUUAUAUAGACAUAGGUAUUAUAUGUAGUAGUUUUGCUUUGAUGUAUCGUCAAUCCUGUAAAUUAAAAGAGCAUAUAUUUGAAAAUAUCAGUUUAUUUCAGUCAGUUAUGAACUGACAACUGCCACCAGUAACAGUUACUUUAAC